CGCACAGAUGUGAGGAACACGUGGUUUCUCCAAACAGCCCUACAGGCGCACCACUUCCUCUCACGUUUGGAUUCCUUCAGUCUAUGAGUUGGUACCAGCACAGAGCCGAGCUGGACCUGGAUACAGCCUCAGCCCAGCAUCUCUGCAGACAGCCACAUGAAUGAGAGAAGAUAAGAUAAUAACACGGUUUUUCCAACUUGCUCUUGUAACUCCUACUUUCAUCCCCCGCCUUCAGAAAAGUUCAUUCCUUUUUUUUCUUUUUUUUUUCCCCAACGCUGCAGCACUGAAGUUACCUGCGCUGAAGGAGGUCGUCCCCAGAGUGCAGAGCAACGGAUGGAGCUCUGAGUUCUAUUUUUAUUUUUUUAUUUUUACUAUUAUUACUCAUCUACCCCUACAACAAACUGAGAGCACUGGGAUUCCAGACUGAAGGUGCCGUGGCGCUCAACAGGAGCUUUGGGGCAAAUGCCACUGCGAUGCUGUGGAUGUGACUUCAAACCAGAGAUUCACUGCGGUUCAGUCCUGUAAAGCACAAUGAAAGACGACUUCGCUGAUGAGGAGGAGGUACAGUCCUUUGGUUAUAAGAGGUUUGGGAUUCAGGAGGGUACAGAGUGCACCAAGUGUAAAAAUGACUGGGCAUUAAGGGCAGCCAUUGCGCUCCUGUACGUGCUCUGCGCCCUACUCACCAUAGCGGUGGCCGUCCUUGGAUACAAAGUGGUCCAGAGAAUGGACAAUGUCACAGAGGGCAUGCAAAAUUAUGGAGGCAAGAUCAAUGCUGUGGAAACAGACUUAAAGAAACUGGAUGAUCAGGCAGGAGUGAAGUCAGUUAAUGCCACCAGUGAAAUCAAGACUUUUAAGUCAGAUCUGGAAGCCCUGCAGAGCCAGCUAAACGACAUCGCCCUCAGGGCAACCAGCAACAGCGACACGCUGGAAGAACUUCGGAUUACAGGCGAUGACAUGCAAAAUGGACACGUCUCCCUGCAGAGUUUUCUGGAAGGCAAUGCUGCCUCACUGCGUGGAGUCAACCAGACCUUGGCUUCCUACAGUGGAGUGAUUGAUGACCUCCAGACGGACACUGCACGGCUCCAGUCCGAGAUUCAGGGCCAGGUCAAAGUGCAGAGCCAGACCCAGGUUAGUAUCAGUGCACUGAACAUCACCCAGGCCCAACAGCGCAACCUGCUCAGCACACUGCAGAAGACGGUUGAAGACGCAGGCCAGGCUGUUCAGAAACUGAAGAAUGACUAUCAGGUUUUGCAGCAAACAGCCAGACAGACACGGGCUGACACUGAGUGGUUAAAAGAAAAGGUCCAGAAUCUUCAGGUUUUGGCAGCCAACAACUCAGCCCUGGCCAGAUCCAAUGGGGAAGCUCUGGAUGACCUGGGAGCUCAGCUCAGCACUCUGGCCAGUCAAAUCCAGAACACCUCAACCCUUACUGAGGGACAUGACCAGAGCUUGCGUGAGCUGAUGGACCACCAGAGAGACCACGAUAAUGCAACCUCAUCUAAGUUUGAUGACGUGGAAGCACGACUAGACAGGCACGAGAAUGACAUGGACCGCGUGACUGGAAAUGUGAGCUUUGCUGCACAGAUUCUAGGCGUCAUCAGCUCUGACCUGAACGGCCUGAGGUCCUGUGCUGAGACAGUGAUGCAACAUUCAGACGUGUUACUGGGCCUGAACAGUAGUGUGACGGAGAUCCAGACCGACAGCAAAGAGCUGCGCAGCCAGCAGGAUGAUCUGGCAGCCAGGCUGGACAAAGAGGUCAACAACCUGUCGAUGGUGAUGGAGGAGAUGAAGCUGGUGGACAGCAAGCACUCACAGCUCAUCACCAACUUCACUAUCCUGCAAGGUCCACCAGGUCCAAAAGGUUCCAGGGGAGACAAAGGUCCCCAGGGGCAAGUGGGUCAGCCAGGACAAAAGGGUGAUAAAGGAGACAAAGGGAUGCCAGGAUUGGUAGGAGCCAAAGGAGAAAGAGGUGCUACUGGACCACCAGGUAUGGAAGGUCCAAAAGGGCCUGUUGGGGCUCGGGGUCCUCCCGGAGCUAAAGGAUCGAGAGGGUCUGGAGGUCGUCCUGGAAACCCUGGUGAGAAAGGCGACCCUGGGGCUCCAGGGAUUCCCGGCAUGGUUGGACAGCCAGGGUUGCCGGGGCCAAAAGGGCUACAUGGGCCACAAGGGCCCAGCGGACCAGCAGGGCCUGCAGGUCUCGAAGGGCCCCGUGGCCCUGUUGGACCCAUUGGCGCGCCUGGUGCUCCAGGGCUACCAGGACCACCGGGAGAACGACCUCAUGUAUUUGUAAUCCCACCUUUGCCCACUCCAGCCGUUCAGGUCCCUGAAACCCCCAAACCUCAGCCUCUUAAACCAGUGGAGGAACCACAAGGCUCUGUCUCUCGGCAGGUUCAGCCUCCUGUCGCCACCACCCCAGAGCCAGGUUGUCCACCUGAGUUCAAAAAAUCUGGAGACAGCUGCUAUUAUUUCUCCUCUGGUUCUCAGAGACUCAACUUUGAUGAGGCCAGCCAGUUCUGUACUAAUUUAACAUCUCAUAUGCUCAUUAUCAAUGACAAUGAGGAACAGCUAUUUGUGAGAAAUGCGAUCGCAGGAAAAGGUUAUUUCUGGCUGGGACUUACUGACAGGGAGGAGGAAAACGUUUGGAAGUGGGUGGAUGGAACCAUACCUGUUUUUAAGAAAUGGAAGCCUGGACAGCCUGAUAAUUGGACCCAUGGUCAUGAAGACGGUGAAGAUUGUGCCGGCCUGAUCCAUAAUGCUUUCUGGAAUGAUUUCUACUGCACUGACCGCAUCGGUUUCAUCUGUGAACGUGCCUCUGACUUGAAUUCUCAAGUUUUAUAGCAUCCAUCUAAGACAGCGUGAGUGAUCUCUGGGACAAAAGUGAAGACGAUGAAGUUGAGACUGAAGAGGAGAUGAUGAUGAUGAAGGACAUGAGGAGGAGCUCUAGAUGACUUUUGGACUCUGAUAAAGCCAGCCCAGUCGAGAGUCACUGACUCUUGGGCUGAUGUUUGUCUUUAAAGGCACUUUACAGCAGAGUAUGGUGCAGAAGACAGAGCAAGCACAGAGCCACCCCACUAUUGUAUUGAUUUAGAAUUUGUACUGAGGGAAAAAUUGGAUUGUAGUCAUUUAUUUAGGCUAUACUGAGUCAUUAUUUGGUGCAGCCACUGUUGUACAUGUGUAUCUGUAAAUAAUAUUUUACAAAGGACACAUUCUUGGUUGGGAUUGAAUUUCUUUCCUUGACUGCUUUCAUACUCUUACACUUACAGAAAAAUCUAUACCAGAGGAUAAUGUUGUUAAUAAAGUGGAACUACUUUGUAUUCUGAAUAAUACAUCACAGAUCCAGAACUGUGAUUAGAAAUAAGCUCCAACAAAAAUGAUGAGCACCCACUCACCAUCAGCAAAUGACUGCAACCUCACAUAACAAAUAGUAAUAAAGCUAGUGUAAAUUUCACCUUUCUGUAAUGAAAACAACAUUGUCAGUUUUUUUCUUUUAUUUUUUUGAGAAUAGAUGCUCAGUGUGAGCGGUGCUACUGUUAUGGAGGACAGUAUUACCUAGACUUUAGGCUGCCAGUAUGAGUUUUAUAUUAAGUAUCCAUAAACAAUAUGUAAAUGUUUUGUAAUGUAAUGUAUCCAUUAUAAGAUGAUUUAUUCACAAACACAAUAUUUGAAACAUGUUAAUUUGCAUAAUCAGUUGUUAUAGUUGUAUGAUUGACCUCAUGUAACGCUUAAGGACUGAGUAGCAGUUUGUAAUCUGUCUUAAGGUUCAUUUUGCUUCAUUAAAUCACUGAGUUCCUAUGGAUCAGGCCAGGACACUUACCACAAUAAAAUGUGAAAGAAAGUG